AUAGUGUAGCCAGGCCUUAAGUUUCUUACAGAUUCCAUUCCAUUCAAUUUGCUUGAAGUUUGAUCAUAAUUCACCCACCAUGUUUUGGCAUCCAAUAUUUCUAAGUGUACUGGACAGUAAAAGCGGGUGCCUACAGGUGGUUUCAGAGUUCAGACUAUCUUAAAAUCUCCCUUCGUUAAAAUAACCAGGCAGAUUUGAGAUGACAUCUGGAAUGGCCUGUGGGCACCUGCCUUGCUUGCACUAGGUUUAUAGACAAGUCAAGUAUUGUGAGUCAAGAUGUUGGAGGAACCAGGCAUUGAGGAUCCUGAUGUAAUGAAGGAGGUUCCAUUGAAGCCGGGCAGGCCGGAGGAGCCGGACGGGGACGCGGCCGCCAGUCAGCUGGUGGUCGACAUCUCGGACGCCCUCAGUGAACGCGAGAAGGUCAAAUUCACCGUACACACCAAGACGACGCUGACGUGUUUCGCCAAGCCGGAGUUUUCCGUGGUCCGACAGCACGAGGAGUUCCGAUGGCUGCACAGUGCACUCGAGGAGAACGCAGACUACUGCGGCUUUAUCAUUCCUCCUGCGCCGCCCCGGCCCGACUUUGACGCCUCCCGAGAGAAGCUGCAGAAACUGGGCGACAGCGAGGGCAACAUGACCAAGGAGGAGUUCAACAAGAUGAAGCAGGAACUCGAACAGGAAUACUUGGCCACAUUCAAGAAGACGGUGGCGAUGCACGAGACGUUUUUGACGCGGCUGGCUGCACACCCGGUGUUCCGCCACGAUCACAACUUCAGAGUGUUUCUGGAGUACGACCAAGACCUGUCUGUCCGCGGUAAGAACCGUAAGGAGCGUCUGGAGGGUCUGAUGAAGUCGCUCUCCAAGACCACGGACGAGCUGUUGCUGCAGGCCACCCAGCGCGACGUGGAUGACUUCUUCGAGCACGAGAGGAGUUUCGUGCUCGUAUACCACGAGCAGAUCAAAGAGGCCACCCACCGCGCCGACCGCAUGACGCGCGCCAGAAAAAGCGUGGCCGACUCUUACAUCAAAGUAUCGGAUGCCGCCUCACAGCUGGGUACCAUCGAGUCGCAGCGACUGGACCGGUUCCUGCACAGCGUGGCAGAGCUGUUCGAGCGAGUCAGGAAAGCCGAGAACCGCGUGGCCUCUGACGAGGACCUGAAGCUGUCCGACCUGCUGCGGUACUACCAGCGGGACGCCACGGCCGUUAAGGCGCUGCUCUACCGCAGACUGAGGCUGCUCUCCGACUACGAGCAGGCUAACAAGUCACUGGAGAAGGCGCGCUCCCGCAACCGAGAGGUACACGCGGCCGAACUGGCACAACAGGCAGCCUGUGAACGCUUUGAGCAAAUCUCCACGAAGGCGAAGGAGGAGUUGACCAGUUUUAAGACGCGACGGGUAGCUGCCUUCAAGAAACACCUCGUUGAGCUAUCCGAGCUGGAAAUAAAGCAAGCCAAAUCCCAGGUGGAGCUCUUGCGAACAUCACUAGCGUUUCUGAAGGCGCUAUCUUAGCCGUCUGGACGGCCGACUGAUGUGCGGGCCGCCUAGACGUCAGUGCUGCUGACGUUGAUGAUGUCGGACGUUGGCGUCACCGCGUCAGUAAUGUGCAGUCGCGUCACUGACGUGGGCUAUCAGCAACAGGGUCGCCGCGAAACUCCUAACAAAGCGGUGCUGACAAACCACUCCCGUGUCGGCCACCUAUGUGUGCAGAUGCGCCGUCUCCUGAGUGAAGGUGGAGUAGAGUGUACGCGAGUGGCGCGACCGGCGACAAGGCCACUGUGCAGUCUCAUACAUCUGUGCAGCCUCAUACUAUGGGUCAGUCGACACGGCGUGGGAUGCUCGCCUGCCGGCUGAAUUCACGAGAGUGAAGUGGAAAUGAGUGUAGGGCGCCGUUGAAAGGCUUAGUUGGUGCCCUCCGGAGAGCCUACACAUGGAAGAGACGUGACCAACUCUGCCGCUCUUGGCAUCGCGUUUGCAACCAUUGAUAUCGUGUGAGGCGUGGCCUAGUGUCAGAUCUGGUGUCUUAGACAUUCCAUCUACUUUUUACCUUGGGCUGUGGCCGUCGAGUGCCCACUCUACCCGGCGUUGGCUGCUGGGACACUUGUCGUCGUUGUUGUAUACCUCUGUUACCCUGCACUCUACACAGCGACUUGCGGCGAAUGUUACGAAGAGCAUGACGUUGUUCGUUAAAACUCACGAUUAGAGAUGCCUUAGUUCGUGAUGACUUAUGUUGUUUGUAUGCUGGUUGCAACGCCCGCCAAAACGACGGGUGUGGGGAUUCGUAAAAUGCUGGGCUGUUUGCCAAGUACCACGCUGAUCAUGGUUUAUUAACAUUAAUUUUCCCGACAAAGUUAUAACUGUUAUUUGUGCUGGUUGAGCUCUGUUGGAAGAAUCGACCGCUUUAUAUAUAAUAUUUUACUUUUGCGGGAUGCAUGAUGGAUCCCGACUUUGUAGUAUUACUGUGCUAUUUACUUUUACAUUUUAGUGUAUGCUUAUAUAGCCAUGCAAGGUUUACCUUACCACUAAAUCGAUAAAAUGCUCCUCGAUGUGAUUUCUUUUGCCGUAUAUUGGGGUGUUUGACGUAUAUUCUGUAGUUUUUGUUGCAUUCUGAGCUGGCCCACAGCCCCUCCCUUUGUGCUGGCGUAACUUGAGAACAAGUUAUUGGAGACAAGUUAUGGAGGACAAGUUGUUGAGGUCGUUAUUGUGCGCAGUCUCCUCUGCUGGACGUCAUGAUAUUGCAUGACUUCCGAACCGACAAACAGAUGUAGUGUACCGUAUUGGACAAGUGACUUUCUCGGUAGCCGACCUUAUAAAGCUCACGCCGAUAAGUCGGCGCUGCACUAUCGUUAUUCAGUGUCGUUAUAAUGUGACGCAUGAUUUGAACGCUUUGAACAUAGCAAUGUUAAUGGAAAUAUAUGAAAGGCAAUGA